AUGACCAUAAGUAAGAAAAUACAAAGCAACAAAAAUGGAUUAUUCACUAGUUUGGUAAUAUGUGUAGCUUUAAGGGUACUCGUAUUUUACGUGUUAAACAUUUUAGAAGGCUCGAGCUAUGGAUAUAUUGAAAAGAUUAUAAGUAUAGAUAGUAUGAUGAAAAAAGAAGAUAUACAAAAUUUAGAAAUACCCAAGCUUAAUAAUAAUGAAAACAAAAACUGGGAGCAAAAUCAUAUAAAUGAUUUGAAUAACGAUUUAGAACAAUACUUUCAAACAAAUAAACAUUAUAAUAAAAAUAUAAAACAAUAUUUAUUUAAAAGUGAUUCUAUGUAUUAUUCAUUUAAUUCAGAUAUAUAUAAUAUGAAAUAUAUAUAUGAUAGUUAUUUAUUAAGUAAAAGAUAUAAAGACAUAUAUUCAUUUUUAGUACUACGAAUUAAUCCUAUAUUUUUAAGCUUUUUACAUUUUAUUAUAUUUAAUGAAAAAAAAAAUAUUAUGAACACGGUCAGAAUAAAAACAUCAGAAAAAAAAAUAAAUAGACAAUCUAAUAUUAUAGAUAUUUUUCCAUAUCAUGAAUUUCGAUAUUUUAUGUUAAUAUGCUUAACAGAUAUAUUCAUAGCUAUUUUUUUAUUUCUAAUAAUUGAACAUAUAAAAAAGAAGAAAGAUUUUUUUAAUUAUAUUUAUGAACAAACAAGCCAAAAUGGAUGGAAAAUAAUUAAUCCUGUCUUGUUAAUAAAUAUUUAUUUAAAUAAUCCUCUUACGAUUUUAGCAAAUGUAUUUUUAUCUUUAGACAAUUUUAAGUUGCUAAUAAUAACAAUGUCUUUUUAUUUGACUAUAUUAAGGAUAUCAACAAAUUCAAACAAAAUCAUUUUAUAUAUUAAUUUUUUUUGUAUAAUUGUUUUAAAUUCAAUUCUUAUUUAUAUAACAUCCUUUCAUUUUGUACUUAUAAUUAUUGGGAUAAAUAAUUUUAUUAUUUCUAUCAAAGAAAAUAUAAUUACUUCUCAUAUUAAAAACCAGAUUGAAUUUCAGAAACUCUUUUUUAUCUUACUCAAAAAUAUUAUCAUUUUACUUUUCACUUGUGUGGUUUAUGGCUUAUUAAUAAUUGUGUCAUAUUAUAUGAAUGGCAAAUCGAUUUCCUUUCUAAACAACACACUGAUAAACGAAUACAAGAUUUUUUACCUGGUCCCUAAUUUAGGGAAUUAUUGGUAUAUCUUUUCGACGAUGUUCAAGAAUUAUUACUACUCCUUUUUGUUUCUCUUUCACUUUCAUAUCUUCCUUUACCCCGUACCACUUUUUUUCCGUUUAUCGAAGACACCUCUUAUUUAUUUAAAAAUUAUGAUCGCGAUUGCACUUGUAUUUCAUCCAAACAUAGUAGUAAACGACAUAAUAUACGUAUUGCUGUCUAUUUGGGUAGUUCAUUUUAGUAUGUUCUCAGUUACUUUGAACAUGUGGUUACGUAAAAAUACUGGGAAUGCAAAUUUUGUUUUAUUUAACCAGCUGAUUGUUUUUAAUAUAACAGCCUUUAUAAUAGUAAAUAGCAUAAAAUUUUACAUUCGAGUCCAAACCCCAACUAUACAACGGGAAGAAGGAAAAUGCAUUGUAGUGUCAAAAGCCAGUAAUAAUGAAUUUAAACUUUUAAAUAUGUUUAAAAAAAAAAACGAAUAA